AGUUCCUCAGCUUUGCCGACAACCACUCGAGUCGUGGAUCUUCUGUGCCCGCCGAAAGUUCUCCCCGAAUAGUUAAUAAGUACAUAUGCGCGCCGAGCAAACGAUUCAUAUAACAAUCUGGGAUAUCUUCUGAAAAGACGAGAACACGACGACCUCUGAGUAAAAGUCUGUCUUUUACACAACAGAAAAACGCAUCGAAAAGUCAGUUGUUCUUCACACACAAAAAAACGGCGGUCAGGAAAAAAAUGAAGCGGUUCCUGUUACAAAUCCUCUACGUAGGAGGGGCUGAUCGUGGGCCAGCACCGGCACUAGCGUUCAAGGUUUUGAAGAAACCUGCAGCGCGGAAUGCUGCCCAACCAGCGCGGAAAAAUGUGGCUCUGUCCACCGCAGAAAAUGUUAAAGCUUCGUCGCUGCAUAUCCUGAGUAAAAACGUCCCCACGACCCCAGACUCAAGACGGGGAUCUCGCAACACAAGCCGAGAAGUUUUGGGAGUAUGCGCAUGACAAGUUCCUCUCUGUAUUUUGGUGCAGUUUCACAAGUGCAGCCGCAUCACAAAGCCAGCUAAUCAUCCUGUUUACAGCAUUACAAAGUCCAAAACACGACUGAAAUAAGUGCCUCUCACGGGGAUGCACAUUACAAAUCUUCCUGUGACUGCAAAUCUGCAUGACAAGAACUAUGGGGUGGGGACGCUUUUACUCAGGAUACUGCAACUCGCCGCUGGGGCUACGAGAACAUCUACCGAGCUGCGGUCUGGGGAGCCUGUGGGGACCAGGGACGUCAGUCAUCCGGUGGAGCUAUCACAGGAAAAAUGAAGUGUUGCAGUUACACAUUUGUUGGAAUUUCUGCAUCACAAAGUUGCUCGACAUCAUGGCAAAAACAACCUGUGAUGCGCAGAGUCUAAAGGGAAAAGAACACGAAUGAAAUGAGGCUGCCAAGCAUUUCCUGCAUGGCAGAGGUCGUCUGUCUUGCUUGUCUUCCAUCAGAGUGUGCAACUGUAACACUUUUUUCUCAGGAUAGGAGCCGGCCUGUGAGUACUGCCAGGCGCCGGAGGAAGCCGAGGAGACGACCAAGAACGGCGCCCGGAAUCAGACCCGCGUUAUCCGAUUGCACAACUCGACGUCCCCCUUGUUUGUCAUGCAAAAUGCUGAAGCCAGAGCCAGUUGCAGUUUCUUCGUUCAUUUGGCACAGUUGGCAUGACAAAUCCCGGAAGUUCUUGAUGUAGCCAGAACAGUAAGUACUUCAGUCGGCGCAGGAACAACUUGUCAUGCACAGGCUCCAUGAGGUUGAGGUCUGGUGGUGUUUCUAUUGCUGCUCAUGCCCGACAAGUGAGGGAGGGGGUUGUGCACUGUCAUCAGCGUAGCUCCAGAAGUGCCACCAACGGAUCCAGCUCCAGAAGUGCCACCAACGGAUCCGCUGAGUGUUUCCGAGGAAAAGCCGUCCGAGGAAGUAAACGUGUCUAACGAGGAACAAAACUCCGCGUCACCGCAGCUGCAGUUGGCGCUAAACUGUCCGGGGAGCGAUCGGGCCGCUUUCCUGGACUGUUUUGUCCCCUGGGACAGACUCGGCGACCCCACACAGGGGGCCGUUAACUACCAGGAGGGCUGGAACCGAAGAGACACCCUGAUCACGCAAACCAACGACAACAAGGUGAGCAUCGACUUCGCGAAAGGCAGGCCGGCCUUGGCGCCCGAUGACCGCAAAAGCCCGGACGUAGGGAGCGACGAAAAUGGCAACCGGUACGCAAUUCGCAUGCACAGCAAGUUUGGCUUCACGUACGGUUCGAUUUUUGUCGUCGACGUGGAGCGCAUGCCCGCGAUCGAUGGCUCGUGGCCCGCUUACUGGACCGCGCACAAGGGCGGGGUCGUGCCGAUCGGGGAAGAGUUUUGGGUCCCGAGGCAGGGGUAUUGGGCCGAGGACGGGUGGCAGUUUGGGCAUGCUCACUGGCCGGAGUCGGGGGAGUUUGACAUGAUGGAGCACGUGCACGGGUUUCCCAACAAGGAGAUGAUCAUAUCUUGUUGAAAAGUGCUAGUGCCCCGCCCGCAGAAGGUGGAAAUACUCAAUUAAUAUCUGUGGCGAAGUUUCGAAAAGAGAAGAUUCUUUUGUCGUGUUGGAGGGCAGAACCGACUAUGUUGAGUUCUUUUUCUGAUCCAGAAUUUUCAAUCGUGAGAAGCAUCCUCGUUAUGAACAGUUUCCACUGGUGUUGAGCCUCUAUUUCGCAACACAAAUUUUUGCUCUUCAGGGUGAAAACUUUAUCAAUUGCUUGCAUUGAAAAGACAUCAAGACGGCAUCGGCAUGUUUACAUCGGCGACUAAUAGAAAGAAAAUGAAAUUUAAUUAAUUGCUGGUCCUGGGUGGCGUUGGGGUUUUUCGAGAGCGUUGCCGCAUGAACGACCCUCACUAGUCCUGGACGGCAGUGGUUGCGCGGUCGGUUCGGCAUGAUAUUAUACAACAAAGACAAAUGCUAAUGCUUCCACCAAGUUCUGUGUAGUACAGCUAGGGCCCCGCUUUUCAAUUUGAUAGCCCACCACCCUGCACACCGAGUUUGGCCCCUGGCGACGGGACGAGGGUGCUUGCCCUGAGGGGAAGCCUUGCGUCGGGAACUGCAACAUGUUCCGGACCAAAACGAACAGGCUGAAUCCCACCGAGGAUGAGGUAGGGGACGACGUGUACGAGCAGUGUAGACCGGAUCCAGCAAACGAGCAGCACUGGUACUUCCCGGACAACCAGUGCCCCGACUACAUGACGCUGUACCUGAAAAUGCGAAAUUGCGAGGGGUACGACGGCUGCGGGGUCCUGGCCAAGGGCAUUCCGAACGGGAUCGAAUUCAACAAGGAGCAGGGUGGCAUUCACAUCAUGAAGCUGGGGGAGGACAAGACGGAUUUUUACUGGAUUCCUCGCAAAGACGCCAACGCCAUCAGCGCGGAGGAGUCCGCCCAACCUGAGUUCUGGGAGACCAAGCUGCAAAGUUUGAAGCCCUACGUGGUCUUUCCGUUGGCUCAUUGCAGCGAAGCCAGCGAGCACUUUCGCACGCAAACCUUCAUCAUCAACACUGCCUUUUGCGGGUCCUGGGCCGGCACCGAGUUCCAGGCUAACGGAAACGACCAGGGGAUAGAUGCGUGCAAUGCUCUGGUGAAAGAUGCGAAUUACGGGAAAAAGGAUGCGAAAAGCAUCUACCCCGGAUGGGACGACCAGGUUGGAUUGCUGAUGCCCACCGAGCACUACGGAACCAAUUUUGUUUUCAAUUCGGUGAAAGUCUUCGCGAAAGGCGGCAAAGGCGUCGGCUAUUUUGACUGGACCGACGAUCGCAUGCUCAACGGGGAGGUGGCCCCUACGGCAGCGUGA